AUGAUACCCAAAGGAUUCCGCCCUCUGACUACGCAUAUUGUUUUCUACAUUUCUACUUUCAUCAUAGCGACGCAACUAUGGUCUCUCUGGAGACAAUCGGCGAAAGGCGGGUUCUACUCGCAUGAAGCACGCGACUGGAGCUUUGAUGCGGACAAGCACGCAAACAUACAUACGUUCAGCCACGAACAGUGUGAUAUUUCCUUUCCCAAAUUGUAUCAUAGCCUUGAUCAAGCAGUAGCCCGGAGGCAGGGGAGGAAAGUGCAUGUCCAGGAUAUUGCGAUAGCCAAGGGCAGAUGCAUGCUGCGACUCAUGAUCUAUGGAGGCGAGCUCUUCGUAGUCGACUCCGGGAAGCCGGAACAGUGUUAUGUCACGAACGGAAACGAGCGUGAACGAAUCUUGGGCACGCUUGCUCAGAUCGAUCGUGCCCUUUCCACAUCGCCAACGUCGGACCCCUCGAUACCCAACAUUGAGUUCUCCCUCUCUCUCGACGACUUACCACGCCGAUCCAAAAAGACAGGUGUCUUCUUCGGCUACACACGCAAGGAAGCACGGGAAUACAACGACAUCUGGAUGAUGCCAAAUUACGCCUACUGGUCAUGGAACUACACACAUGCACCGAGUUGGAACAGCAUUCGGCGGGAAAUUGAAUUGAAGGAGAAAGAAGUUCUUUGGAGCAAGAAAGACCCGCGCGUCGUUUGGCGUGGCAAGAUCAAGAUGGCGGCGCUCAGAAAAGAGCUCGUGCGGGUCAGCGAAGGCAAGCCGUGGAGCGACAUCAAGCCUGUUGUGAUCAACAAUGCGACCGACGUGCACACCAAGGACGUAAUGAACCUGCGGCAGUUUUGCGGUUACAAGUUCACGGUGCAGACAGAGGGCACUUCGUACUCGGGACGGCUCAAGUACCUGCAGCUGUGCCGCUCUGCUCUCGUCACGCAUCCUCUCAAGUGGCAGGAGUUCCACACCCAUCUUAUGCGCCUCGCGGGCCCAGACGUCAACUACAUUGAAGCGUCGGAGAAUUUUGGCAACCUCGAAGCGGCCAUGGACUACUACCGCGAGCACGACUCCGAGGCAGAAGAGAUUGCAAGGAACAGCUACGAAACGUUUGCGCGGCGGUACCUGACUCCAGCGGCAGUGACAUGCUACUGGAGACGCCUCUUCUGGGCCUGGUCGACGGUGCAGGGCUUCGAGCCACAGCUGUACGCGCCUGACAAAGAGGGCAAUCAGGUUAUGCGAGCUACACCGUGGACAGCGUUUGCAGCGAACUGGCCUCACGACCCGUCCAUCAUCCCGUGA